CUUUAGUCCCCUUGCAAGAAGGAUCAAUUGUAUAUAGGAGGCUUCUCCCUUGUCUCAUCGAGCGGCCUGUGUGGCCGCCCUUAUCUGUGCGGCGAUGUCUGAACGGCUCAAGAUGCUAGACGCCUUUGUGGGUGAGGGUGUGCUGCCCAAGCAAGAGCCCUGGCCAGUCUUCAAGAAGGAGCAAAGCGCCGUUCCCAUCCCCAUCACCGACUAUGCCCUGGCGGGCAUCUCUUGUGCUGCGGUUCAGUCCCGCCUUAUUGGAGGUCCUGGUCCUGAUGCUCCCGAAGAGCCCAAAGUUCGUUUGGCACGCGUGGGCUAUGUGACGCAGAAUACGCAGAGAAGGUCUGCAUGGCAUGCUGAUGGGCCAAACCCUUUGCUGCGACCUGACAGUUCAAGCAGGUCCGAGUCUAAGGGCCUGGACGUCUCACAGCCGCCCUGGACGUCUCACAGCUCUCAAGGUUGAAACAGCCUAUCCAGGGCCGCAGGGCCCAUCCAGGACCUAGUCCAGACAAGUACUU